AUGCCAGUCCGUGAGAGAGUCCCUGUAUGGCUUGAUUGCGAUCCUGGGCAUGAUGACACCUUUGCGAUCGUCUUGGCCGCAUACCAUCCAGGCAUUAACGUUCUGGGCAUCUCAACCGUAUAUGGGAACACGAAAACAGCUGUCAAUGCGGCUUCUAUCCUCACCGCCAUCAACAAGCACAACGACAUCCCGGUCUUCGCCGGAUCCGCCCAUGGCAUCUCACGUCCUCCAAUGCAGCCUCCCACGGCGAUCCACGGCGAGUCUGGCAUUGACGGCACGACGCUACUGCCUCAGCCUCUCCGAGCUCCGGACUGGACUAGCGACGCUAUCGAAGCCAUGGCCACGGCCAUUUUGGGCCAGCCGGCGGGAACGGCAUACCUAGUGGCCACAGGCUCCUUCACCAACAUUGCUCUCCUUAUUCGACGAUUUCCACGAGUCGUAACUCACAUCAAGGGUCUCAGCGUUAUGGGCGGCGUCUUCGGCGACGGCUUCACCGAUGUCGUCCUAGGAAAGAACCAACACAAAGGCUACAUUGGCAAUUACACACCAUGGGCUGAAUUCAACAUUGUCGCCGAUCCGGAGGCGGCAGCGGCCAUUUUCAGCAAUACCGAACUUGCAGCCAAGACUAUUGUCAUCCCUCUGGACCUCAGCCACCAGGUCCUUGCCACGCAGGACAUAAGGGAUCUUCUGCUCUACGGCACCAAGGGGAGCAAAACUGGAGCAGGGAAGACUACGCUACGUCGCAUGCUCGUCGACCUCCUCUUUUACUUUGCCCAGACCUACGCCGACGUACACGGCAUUACUGCCGGCCCGCCACUACACGAUCCUCUGGCUGUCGCUGCGGUGCUGAGGGACACGGAAUACGAGAUUCCGUUCUACGAUUUCGACCCUCGAGAGGAAUUCCGAGCCGGACAAAACGGGCGGACACCAGAGCGGUUUUCCGUGUCUGUUGCCACGGAAGGAUCCUAUGAAGACGCACUUGCAGACACUACUAGGUUCUGGCAAAUCUUGGAAGAAUGUAUUGAGAGGGCUGAUGCGGCAAAUAAGGCUGUUGAGGUAAAAGUACAAGCAGUAGCAAUUUGA